CAGGACGAAGUGAAUAAUUCGGCACAAGACGAAAAGAGGAAAGCAACAUUUAAAUGAAAGUCAAGCAGAGGGAAAUAUAGAAACUAAGCCCAAUUAAGUGUUGCCAGAUUUCCAAAAACUACAAAGGAAUAAGUGAAAAACAAAACCUAUCUUCACCCAGAUUCAACCUGGAAAUAGAGUUAAUCAGAUUUCAGAUAUUCAGAAGACAAUAUUGCAUGCAUAGAGGUUUGCUACUAACCUAAAAGAUGAAUAUGAAUUGGAAACUUAUGAGUCAACUUGUGACAACUGUGUUUAUUAAACUAAUAGGCACUUCACUGUUUCUUUUCUAUUUUUCACAGAUCUUUCAGAAAGUCCCCAAAGCCACCCCACGAGGAGAAGAAGGCUGUUCCAUAAGAUGGGUACCUUUUCGGGGCAAAUGCUACUAUUUUUCUGCUGUGGAAAAAACAUGGGAUGAGAGCCAGGAGGACUGUGCCCUGUACAAUUCUCAUCUUGCUGUUGUCAACAACUAUGAAGAAUUGGUUGAGCCAACAUAG